UGCCUACCCUAGUAGGCUACGGCUGCAAUGCUACUAAGGGCGCGAGUCGUUGCAGCUGAGGAACACGAAUCUUUGCCUGUCGAUCAUAGCAACGCAAACUACCUCGCCGUCAUCAGCACGAGUGUACUACGAUGGAGGCCCUGUUUCUGCUAAUGGUCCGCCGUGGUAGCUGCGGGUACAUUCUUAGACCGAUGGCUAGGGUGCCACCAAACUGUUGUCGUAGCUUCAUAUACUGGAGCCGGCGCUCUGCUCCUUCUUGACAUGGAAUCCGUUUUCAAUAUAUCAACCACAGUAUCCCUGCGCCGAUCUUAAGACCAGGAAUACGCACGCUUUAUUAUUCACUGACACAAACUGAGUGUUCCACCUUAGUGCUUAUGCCAACGGCCCUCCCGUGCUUCCAUCUUCGGAUGUCUGCAGCUCACGACAUCGUCUUGCCUAAGCGCUCAAUUGUACUAAAGCUUCUAAGCUUUCCAUUAUUUUUUGUUCUACCUGUCACCAUGCCACCUCUUCAUAAUACUACGGCAUAUCAAUAUGCUGGAGAACUUGUCUCGAAAUCUAAAGAGAGCCGGCUACUUCAGCUGGUCGUUCUUACCACUGUAGUUGUCGCGUCGUGUGCCGUCGCCUACCUUUUACAAAAAAAGAGCCGGAAUGUCGGCACUAAAGUGGAUUCUCCAGAGAAGCCAUUUUCUAAGCCAACGCUUGAGAGACAAGACUCUGCGAUGUGUCAGAAUCAAUGGGAAAGCGAUCACAACAGUCGCUUAUAUUCUCUCAAGCAGGAAAUUCUUGAAAAGACCGAGAAGCCAGUUCAUCCAUGGAUAUCACCACCACAAGCGUUGCCAGGACCGUACGAUCCUAUGUACUACCCUCUGCCAGCUCCUUCACAUCGGUGUGAAUCUUCUGGAACACCUGUUACAACUGUUGAAGGACGACACUCCACAUCCUACACCAGUCUCGUCCCGAAAAGUGGAACUCCGCAGGGCGAGGCUGUUCUCUACGGUACCAUGACAACGUCGACGAACGGCUGGCGACGAUCACACUGGAACGUGACCGGCGGCUGAACCCUAAUGAUCUCGGAUUUCAAAUAUAUUAUCUCAAUGCCACGUACAAGAGUCCACACCUCGAUCCCUCUUGCGGACCCUUACGACACAUGCUUUGUUUGCAUGAACUCGGUGGACAUCAACGGUUCGAACAUGACGCAGGACCGCUUAGCAUAAUGCUGAUGAGUGCGAGUCGAAACCAAGCAGUAGUAAUCAAGCUUAGUGGUGGCGGUCCACUUAGUAGCUG